UAAUAGAUUCACAAACAAAGUAAAUUUACUGGGUCACCGUCGAAAACAUUUCGUUGACCACGCAACGUGGACGUCGUCCUUCCCCAUGCAUGCAUGCAGCUGCGAAUCCUCUCGGCUUCAUGCUACAAAAGAACACCUCGAAUGCUCCAUGAAACUAGGAACUCCCUUUUCCCGUAUGCCAUCACACCGAUCGGCAUGGCUGCUGCUUCUCUUUGCGGCAUCGUCGUCGUCCUCGCUGUCUCGACCUUACUCCGGGGCGCCGACGCCACGGCCAUCACCGUGGAGGAGGCGUGCCAGCAGACGAAGCACCCGGAGUUCUGCGUGAAGGCGCUGUCGUCGGCGAAGCCGGAGAUGAAGACGUCGGCUGGACAGGGCGGCCUGCCGGCGCUGGCGGAGCUCUCGCUUUCGCUUGCAGCGGAGAGCGGCGCGGAGACGGUGUCGUUCGUGAAGAACCUGGCCAAGAUGCCCGGCGGCAUGCCGACGGAGUGCCUGGAGGAGUGCGUGGGGAAGUUCCAGGCGGCGGUGGCGGAUCUGCGGCGGUCCAAGGUGGCGCUGGAGGAGGCGCGGGACGUUUCCGGCGUGAAGGCGUGGGUGUCGGCGGCGAAGACGGACGGCGACACGUGCAUGGACGACUGCCAGAGAGUUGAGGGCGGUUCUGAGCUGCAUAUCGUCGACAAGAUCGGCGAGCUCGGCAAGCUGUGUUCCAUCGCGCUGUCCCUCACCGAUGCCUCCCUACGUAACCGCGCCGCGUGAGAAGACGCGGCCAUGCAGCCACCGAGCCACGC